AUGGAAUAUGAUGAUUGUGUUGCCAUUUGUAAUGUGAUCAACCAGGGUACACCCUUAGAUGUGGAAUUGCUGACAGCGGGUGAUCAGUGCUGUAAAGUGAGCCAGAUCCGUGCUUUGGGGUGUGGAGCCAGGGUGGAAGGGACUGACACUCAGGGAGGUACAUGUACUCUUCCAGGCUAUACCAAAUCUCAGUUAAAGGAUUUCCAGCUGAAGGAUUUGAUUCUCUGCUCUUUUAGAGAGUUUUGGGAUCAGAAGCGAAAGCCCACCAGUCAGGAACGACACAGCCUACCUAAACCUGUAUUGUCACUGUUAAAGCAGUGGAAAUAUAUUAGAGAAUCCGAUGGAUUGCUCUAUCGUGUGGUGGAUGAUCUUCAUCUUGGAAAACACGCACGAACUCCCUACCGUCCGCAAGGUAAUGCUCAGUGUGAGCGAUUUAACAGGACGCUCCACGAGUUGUUAAGAACACUACCUCCUGAGAAGAAAAGGCGAUGGCCAGAACACCUUCCUGAGUUAAUCUAUGCAUACAAUGUAACACCACAUGCAACAACAGGAUACUCACCUUAUUUCUUGCUGUUCGGCGUAGAACCACGUCUUCCUGUCGAUGCUCUUCUAGGCCAGGAACAAGCUGUGGAUAGAAAACAGGAUUGGUUAGUAAUUCACCAGAAUCGCCUCAGAGAAGCUCAUGAAAAAACGAGAGAAUAUGCAGAGCGCAAGGCUGCUGAGAGACUUGCUCCAUUAAAUGACAAAGUCUACUGUCCUACUGUUGGUGUUGGUCAGACGGUGUAUUUACGUCACCGACCUGCUGGUAGAAACAAGAUACAGGAUGCUUGGGCUCCUACUGUGUAUCGGGUCAUACAGGUACAGGGCACCACGUAUACGGUUGAACCUGUGGAGGGUGGUCCCAGUAAGAGAGUCCACAGAGUUGACUUACGCCCUUGUGUGAAUCCUGUUGUGGAACCAGUGGUAACAGGGAGUAGUUUAUCAUCAUCACCAUCUACAGAUCUGGUUGAGCCUGUGGAAGUUGGAAAUACUGACACAGAGUUUGUGGUGUUGGAAGAGGUUACAUUACCUCAUCUUGAAGAGACAAGGAAUGUUCAUGUUGGAGUCUCUGGUUCAGCUGACGAAGCUUUAGAUGUUGGACCUGUUUCCGUACUGGAUAAUGUGGAACCGCCAGUGGAAUCAGAACCAUCAGUGGAACAUGAACCUGACCCUGUUCCUUCAGUAACCAAACCUGACCCAAGGAGGCCUGUUCCCGCACCCAGAAGGACCAGUCGGCCCAAUGCUGGUAUGCAUUCAAACCCAUUUAAGGAGCCAAGAUCGGCCUGUAAUUCUGUCUCUCUCAGUCCUGAAGUUUUCUCCCAGGUUUUGACAAGUCUUGGUAGUGUAUUCUUCAGAGAGGCUGUGAAAGAAGUUAAGAAUAUGUAUUGAUGUCAUUAAGGACAAUGACUUCUUAGCAGGGGAGAGUGUGGCCAAGUGGUCUAAAUAUACAAUGUUUCUAUUUUGUUAAAAAAUGUAAUGGCCCCUUUAAAAUAUCUUCUCUCUCGCUCUCUCUUCUCGCGAUACUGUUUGCGCGAUUUGGAUGCGUGCGCGCGACCAGAGAAGCCAUUCUCACUGUACAUGAGAGCUCCAUGUGGUAGUGCAUGCAUUUCAUCUAAUCUAAUGUUGUUUCAUCAUCUUUUCGGGUAAAUAUUACUCCAAUAUGUUUAAUAUGUACAAAUAUGCGUUGAAAUGGAGUUCGAAAGAGUAUUUGAUGUUUAUAUUUCAGUCAAUGCUUUUGGAUCGCGUGUCUGACGAGUGAACCUCGUGGCAAAUAGUAAAGGAUUAUUGGCCACUGCCGUAUUCCAGUCUAUAUUACCAUUUUAGUUUUUUUCAAGUAAUUUGGUUAUUUCCGGUGGACUCUGGUGUGUUUUUUUUGUUAGUCUUUCACCUUGCAUCUUACUGUAUCUCAGUGGUUGCAUGUCCUCCUCUGAACUACAUCUAGUCGAUUUGAUGUGACACUUAUUAUUGUCGUAAACUUAUCUUUGCAACAAUUGAUCGUCAUUUCUCAGAAUUUGAUUGCUUAAAUUGUGGAUAAGAGUUUUUCCUUUUUGUAUGAUAAUAAGUGAAAUUUUUAAUUAUUCAAAAUCUCCUUUUGUAAGCUUGCCUAUUCAAGUCUUGCUCCCAUCGACCGCUGUCAUUAUUUGAACAGCAGUCAGAUUAAACAAACCCCAAGUUUUGAAAAGCAUAAUUUUGCUUCCGGUGUGUGUCUCUUUUCUUCCACCCGGUUACAAUUAAAUAAUAAUAAUUUUUGGGUGAAUUCUUCCUUUACUGUACAAUUUGAGAAAGACAAGCAAGAUUGUCCGACACAUGAUGCCAUACAUUUGCAUUUUAAAGGAAUUCUGAUAGAUAGAGAAUUGAACUGGAUGAUGUAUGGGUUUGUUAUCAGGUCUAUGUGUGGGGGUAUGUGUUUCUCACUGGUGGCAUGAUUGCAGUCGUAAUGGAUUAAGCAUCUCUCAGUGUGUUUCUCUAGAUAAGACCAGCAUUCUCUGACUCUUUAUGGCUCACCAGGUUUCAUGUUAUCUACAGCAGUUUCACUCACACAGAACCGACACCAAGUGCCAGACUUGUUUCCAGUAUUCCACUGCUGGGGUGUCAGUGACAGCUUCUUUAAUGCAGAUAAGCUGCUGUCUGAGGGAAAGAGGAAGGACUGGCCACAAAAAGAGGUGGGAGAGGGAGGUAGAAAUAGCUGCAGGGGUGAGCGAGAAUAGGAGGCAACAUUCUUCAUCAGCAUGGUCGGCUGGCACAAAAGCAGAUGCUUUGAAGUGUGCACAUGAGUGACGAUAAAAAGCAUUGCAUCUCAUCCUCAUAGUAAACUGGUUGCUAUCAAAUAUGAGGGACUCUUUAAUGUUGAUAUUAUGAGAUAUUAUGCAUCCUGUGUCAUAUUUCCUCACAAUAAUAAAAAAAAGCUUAUAGAUCAGA